CAAUGGGCGUGUCAACUGUAGGAGAGUCUUCAUCUAUAUCUAUACGCGCCUGUCUCUCUAUUCUUCUCUUUCUCUCUCUACAGCUUUCGUUUGCAUCUCUAUCGACCUUUUCCACCUGGUCUACAUUACAAUACAAUCCCUGUUUCAGCCAUGACUGGUAAAGAAAUCCUACACAAGAUGAAGGAAAAAGUUGGGUUAAGUUCAUGUGCACCUGACACUGGAAAAGGGAAGAGUAAGAUUGACAAGCACAUAACCCAUGGCUAUCACUUGGUUAAGGGAAAAUCACACCAUGACAUGGAAGAUUAUGUUGUUGCACAGUUUAAGCAAGUUGGGGACCAUGAGCUUGGUUUAUUUGCAAUAUUUGAUGGUCAUCUGAGCCAUGAUGUUCCUGAUUAUUUGAGCUCUCACUUGUUCGAGAAUAUUUUGAAAGAGCCUGACUUCUGGAAUGAGACGGAGCAUGCAAUCAGGAAGGCAUAUCGUUUAACUGAUACAAAUAUUUUGGAUAAGGCAGUUGAAUUGGGUAAAGGAGGUUCAACUGCAGUUACGGCAAUAUUAAUCGAUUGUCAAAAGCUGGUAGUAGCUAAUGUUGGGGACUCCCGGGCUGUUAUCUGCAAGAAUGGGGUGGCCAAACAACUGUCAGUUGAUCAUGAGCCUAGCAAGGAACGAAAGAAUAUUGAGAACAGAGGUGGUUUUGUAUCAAACUUUCCAGGUGAUGUUCCACGUGUUGAUGGGCAGUUGGCUGUCGCAAGAGCAUUUGGUGACAAGAGCUUAAAGGAACACCUUAGCUCAGAACCAGAUGUGUCCAGUGAGCUUAUAGAUGAUGAUGUGGAGUUCAUUAUCUUGGCUAGUGACGGCAUAUGGAAGGUUUUGUCGAAUCAAGAGGCAGUGGAUUGUAUCAAGAACGUAAAGGAUGCUCGAUCAGCGGCGAAGCACCUUAAUGAAGAGGCACUUGCCAGGAACAGCACAGAUGAUAUUUCCUGCAUAGUAGUGAGGUUUCACUAAUCUGUGUCUGAUUUCCUCUUUCCCCUUGUUGAAGGAAGAACAUUUUAAGCCGAUGUUUGCUUAUCCUUGUGUUGUAGACGUAUGUCAAUGUUGAUAUUAUGCCAUAACAGGCCUUUUGUGUUGCUUUAUUUAAAUUAGUUAUGAACGGUUUGCUAUUCUGGAUC